AUGUCAUUAUCUUCAAAAACCAAACAAGCAAAUUUAAACCCAAAAUUAUAUUUAACAGCAGUUAUAGCUACUUCAGUUAUAGCAAUAUCUUACAAAAUCUAUGAAACUUAUUUUAAAGAAAAGACUAUAGACAAUAAAGACAAUAAUACAACUACUACUUUUUCAAUUUCAAGAAAAUAUCUUAAUAAAAAUAUAGCAAUAACUUUAUCAUCAUCUUUUUUAUCUUCGAAAUUACCAUUAAAUGAUAUUUUGACAAGUUCAGAAAAUGUUAUAUUUAUAAUACCUCCAAAUUUAAAUGAAGACGAUUUAACAUUAACGAUCCCACCAAAUUUCAAAUUAUUAAAACUGUCAAAUUUUCAAGGUUAUCUACAAAUAUUGAAAAAUUUGAAACCUGAUUUAUUAUUACUUUGUAGUGAUGAUUUAGGUAUAAAUUAUAGUAAUUUAACAAAUGAUUUAAAUAAUUUCAUAAAUAAGAUUGUUAAUCUAGAGCAAAAUGAUUUUGAGGAAAGUUUCCAAAAAUUGUUAAUGGUUUAA